AUGAAGUUCUCCAUUGCAACCAUCGCAGCUGUCAUCGCAGCUUCGGCUCCCACAGUCAUGGCCGACUCAUGGCAGUGCAACGGCUCCUGGGGCGACGGCGGUCUCAAGCGACUUUCCUUCCUGUUUGAUGGCUAUUGCGAGAACCAAUCUGGCCAGUGCUUCCUCUCUGCCCUACGAGGCAAGGGACUCACUGUGCACAACUGGCAGGCCUGGGAUAGAGGCGAUGGCUGGUGGCAAGUUGACUUUAGCACUACUGCUGGACUCGCCUGGCAGGCCAACAAUGCUAUUGAGCAGGUUACUGGCUCUUGGCGUGGCUGCUGGCCUAACCAGUAA